UGCCCAAAAUAAUUAUUUUCAGGUGAAUUCCCUUGGCGCUACGGUACUCAAGUGCAUCUAGGUAUGCUGUGCUUUGACUCUGAGCUUGAAGACGGCCAACUUGUGGAGCAAUGUGGACAGAACGCUGUCUUUGGCCCUCAAUUGGAUCGCCAGGCCCUGAUUAAAGGUAUAUAGUAGCUGUGCAGACCACAACUUCCAUGGACGUUCUAUCUACAUGAUAGGGUGAUCCCUCUGGUACCUUUCUGCAAAUCGAGGGAACAAUUAACAGCUGGCAGCUGUACGUUUAUCAGAAUUGGCGCAAAAUUCUCUUGUUUGCAGCUUCGGAUUCCUUCUGUCGAGGCUGUGUGAAAGUCGAUGUGCAGCUAGCAACUCCAAUUUUUGCCACCAGCGCUAUUGAGUGAUUGGUGACACUUUACUGAAUCGUCGUCAUCUUAAACGGAAUUGCCAACCUUCCCAAGGCUGUCAGAGCUGCACGGGGCAAUUUGACGCCCUGUAACCACUGUCUAAGCACUGAUGAAGAAGUUGUAGCGAUUCACAGGCAAGCUAGCUGCUGUAGAGCGUAUGAGCUGUAGGUAGUCGUUGGCGGAGGUACCGCUCAAUGUCCACAUUGCAUUGCUGUGCUCUGACUCACAGGUUGUACAGCAUUGUGCGUAUUAACCAAAAGCAAGCUUCUGCUGGCGCCCCCGUGACAACCUUAGCUAUCACCUCCAAAGAUAGGUCUCCAAAAUUCACUCAUUCCAAGGCCUCUAGAGCAAGUCUGUCAGUAUCGACGCCACUUAAUGUGAGUAUGGCCGCAGUGCCUGUGAUCAUUGUGCCAGGGAAUGGGGGCGGCAACGUGAGGAACGCCAACUGGUAUGGCUGGUUGGAGGAGCAGCUGAAGAAGCACGGCCACAAGCCUGUGCUGCAUGACAUGCCAGAUCCUUACACCGCAAGGGAGAGCAUUUGGCUGCCAUUCAUCCGGGACGAACUAGGCGCGGACGAAGCAGCGGUGGUCGUGGGCCACAGUUCGGGCGCCGAAGCCGGGAUGCGCCUGUGCGAGUCAACCCGCGUGCGGGGCCUCGUGCUCGUGUCAGCGUGCAUCACGGAUUUAGGAGACGCCAACGAGCGGGCAAGCGGGUACUACAAUCGACCAUGGCAGUGGGAGAAAAUCCGCAGUAACGCAGGCUGGAUCAUCCAGUUCGGGUCACCCACCGACCCCUUUCUCCCGAUUGCCGAGCAGCGUUCCGUAGCAGACGGCUUGAAGAGUGAGUAUCACGAGAUACAGAACGGGGGCCACUUUAUGGUGGAAGAAUUUUCGGAGCUGCUGCACGUGAUUCUUGAGAAGCUCGGAGCAUGAGCACUGAUCGGGCGUCCGAUCCGACGAGGUUUACCGUCAUCAAGACGUCGUAGGACCGUCCUGCUAUACGAAGUCAAUUACGUCGGAAGGUUGUGAAGAAUUGGAGUUAUGCUGAGGCGCCAGGCGCGAGCCGAUGGUACACUGAAGAGCAAAGGCAUUAUCGAAAAGCCUCGGUAAACUACACAAAGGGCGAAAGUAAAGAUGGUUCAAUGCACUUUUAACCGAAAGACCAUUGCACCCGCGAUGGAUGGAUGAAGAUUUUCGUCGCCUCUGGUGCGCGGCAUAUGCAGAUCAUGCGAU